GUCGUAGACUGAACCAACCGGUCCUAACCGGACCAGGAAACCGGAGGAGAGAGAGAUCCCGACAGGUUCUGACAGUGCUGGUAGAAGAGAUCCAGAACUCCUGAGAGGUCUCUUGACAGGACAUGAUGGUCUUUAGAUUCACCACAAAGGUGCACUGACACCCCCACUCCUCUCAUGCUCUAUCAAACAUCAGCAACUAAAAGUAUGUCCUCCUACACUCACCAAGUGGAUGUGAGCACGGCAGCCCUUCCCUCGCAGGUUCCCCCCACCACCACAGCCCUCCUCCCCAUGGACCUGCGCGUUGUGGACCAUCCUCACCCCCACCACCACCAGCAGCCGCCCUUUGGCCUGGUGUCCCAGCCCCACCCCACACCGACCCCCUCCACAGCUUGUCCUGCAUCUUCCGAGUCGGGCAGUGGACCGGUCAUCGGCCACCAGGAGACACAUCUGCAGCAGGAGCUGGUGGCCCUCAAACACAAGCAGCAGCUCCAGAGGCAGCUUCUGAUUGCGGAGUUUCAGAGGCAGCAUGAGCAGCUGUCGCGACAGCAUGAAGUCCAGCUGCAGGAGCACAUUAAGCAUCAACAGGAUCUACUGGCUCUUAAGCACCAACAAGAGCUGCUGGAGCAUCACAGGAAGAUGGAGCAACAGCGUCAUGAGCAACAGCUGGAGAAGCAGCAGCGGGAGCAGAAACUUCAGCAGCUGAAGAACAAGGAGAGGGGACAAGAGAGCGCCGUGGCCAGCACUGAGGUAAAGAUGCGACUGCAGGAGUUUGUCCUGAACAAGAAGAAAGCCCUGGCUCAGCGAAACCUAAACCACUGCCUGCUUAGCACGCCCCGCUACUGGUAUGGGAAAACGCAGCACAGCUCUUUAGACCAGAGCUCACCCCCUCAGACGGCACUAUCAGCAUACAACCAUCCAGUUCUGGGUGCAUAUGACUCUAAAGACGACUUCCCACUACGAAAAACUGCGUCCGAACCCAACCUGAAGCUUCGCUCCCGGCUAAAACAGAAGGUGACGGAGCGCCGGAGCAGCCCACUUCUCCGCAGGAAGGACGGACCCAUCAGCACUGCCAAGAAGCGACCCCUGGAUGUAGCUGACUCUGCAUGCAGCAGUGCACCAGGCUCAGGUCCCAGUUCUCCCAACAACAGCUCCAGCCACAUCCCCAGUGAGAAUGGGAUCCCCAACUCCAGCAGCCCAGGAGAGGUCGCCCUCCUUCAGAGGUUGGCUAUGCGGGACGGUUCGGUUAGCCAGCUGUCACUCUACACGUCUCCUUCUCUGCCCAACAUCACCCUGGGACUGCCAGCCACUGGUCCUGCCGGCGCUGUGGUAUCGGGACACCAAGAUGGCGAGAGUCCUCUGGCGCUGCCUGCGUUACAGCAGGGCAUUCCAGUGACCCCUGCUUUUCUUCCUACUUCCCACCUGCCUUCAUACUUGGCACCUUCAGCACUGGACAGGGAGGGCCUGGAGGGGGGCACAGCUGGUCACAACGCCCUCCUUCAGCACAUGGUACUACUGGAGCAGAGCCACGGUCCAGUGGUGGGUCUGGGUGGCUUACCCAUGACGUCACCAACUGUCUCCAAGCUGGUUCGAGGCCACCGCCCCCUGGGAAGAACCCAGUCGGCUCCUCUGCCCCAGCAGCCGUGUGGGCAGACCCAGGCCCUGCAGCAGCUGGUGGUCCAGCAGCAACAGCAGUUCCUGGAAAAGCACAAACUAUUCCAGCAGCAGCACAUCAUCAACAAGGUAGCUGCGUACGAGCGUGGCACAGCGGUUUGUACACAUUGUGCAGAUCUGGGUUCAACAGGGAUUGAUGAAUCAGCCUUCACUCAUCAGCGAGUCUCAGCCAGUCAUGUGUCCCUGCUUCCUCUUGUCACCCUGGCAACCAGGCUCGAAAGGAAGCUGGGCCAUAUAAGCUCACACAGGAAAUAUGACUCACUGCUAAGUGGCGACAUUCGCCCUUUUGUGUUGGCGUUCUUCCCGUUUGCAGCACAAGCGCUGGCGGGAGUGAAGGGUAAUGGUUGUGUAGCCCUUCUUAGCUCAGGACUUACUGGAGUGGGCUCGGGUUCUAACAACUUGUUCUAUAUCCUUGAAUUACCUCUCAGGGCAGCAGUAGCUCCACAGCUAGAGCGGUUGUCCAGACUUAUACAAGACUUGUGUCUGCAGGUGGACAGCGACACGAUUUGGAACGAGGUCCAUUCGUCCGCUGCUGCUCGUCUGGCUGUCGGCUCUGUGGUGGAGCUCGUUUUCAAAGUAGCAUCGGGAGAGCUGAAGAAUGGCUUCGCUGUAGUUCGCCCACCUGGACACCACGCUGAGGAGAGCACACCCAUGGGCUUCUGUUAUUUCAAUUCUGUCGCCGUAGCAGCCAAGCUCCUGCAGCAGAGGCUGAACGUCAGUAAGAUCCUCAUCGUGGACUGGGAUGUCCAUCAUGGUAAUGGCACCCAGCAGGCCUUCUACGCCGACCCGAGUGUCCUCUACUUGUCCCUGCAUCGCUACGACGACGGGAACUUCUUCCCAGGCAGCGGGGCACCUGACGAGGUGGGCAGUGGUGCAGGUGAGGGCUUCAGCGUGAACAUAGCGUUCACCGGAGGCCUGGAACCGCCCAUGGGGGACGCGGAGUAUCUCGCUGCAUUCAGGACGUUGGUCAUGCCCAUCGCCAAUGAGUUUGCCCCAGAUAUGGUUCUGGUGUCGUCUGGCUUUGACGCGGUGGACGGACACGCCCCGCCCCUGGGAGGAUACAAACUGACAGCCAAAUGCUUUGGCUACCUGACCAGGCAGCUGAUGGCGCUGGCGGGCGGUCGCUUGGUGCUCGCCCUGGAGGGGGGUCACGACCUCACGGCCAUAUGUGACGCCUCUGAAGCCUGCAUCUCUGCUCUGCUCGGCAAUGAGUUGGACCCUAUUUCAUAUGAGGUGCUUCAACAGAGACCAAACGCCAACGCUGUUCACUCGAUGGAGAAAGUCGUCGAAAUUCACGGUAAAUACUGGCGUUCACUUCAACGCUCCGCCUCCACACUUGGCUGUUCGUUGAGCGAAGCGCUGCAGCGGGACACCGAGGAGGCCGAGACCGUCUCCGCUAUGGCUUCGCUGUCCGUCGCUAACAAACACAAAAGAAGUGAAGAGGAACCAAUGGAAGAAGAGGCUUUGAUUUAAGAACGUCCGACUCAAACAUAACCAUGUUUCCGUUUGAAGAGUCGUCCUCAUCCAGUCGGUAGAUUCUUCUCUCACGUUCUCAUGGAGAAGGUGUAUCGUCACGAUGACGGCACCAAGAGCAGAUAUCUAAAGACGUGCAGCAGUAGUGCACGGGACAGUUAGCAUGCACGUGUUGCACUAGAUGUUGGACAGAAGGUGGAGCAGUUAUGGCAUUAGUGCUUUUAAAGAGUGGAGAACAACACUAGACGUGUACGUUUCCACUCGUCUCUGGUUUUCUGUCUUUUAUCUGGUUCCUGUCGAAGCCACCAGAGCUGUUGUAACCACGACUCUCUACUAAAGAUGGAGUCCUGCUUGUCGAAGACGUCUGACUGAAACAAAGUUGUUGACUUUUCUGAAUUUUCCUGAGAUGAAGUUGAGGAAGGUCAGCAGAUAAUAUUUUCUUAUUUUGGUUUUGUUCUGCCGGUAACAGACUGAGCAUUUGUGCCUUUUUUGUAAUUUAGUGGUUCCACUGCCUUAAAGAUGGAUUUUCUCUUGACUCUCUCAAACAUUUUUAUCCUAACGAGACGUCGGCUGCAUGCAUGUUUUCGGCACAUAAACUUGGAGGACUUUGUUUUUUCUGCAGCCAGCCGACUCCGUCUCCCUCCAUCUUCAUAAUGUUUUUCUAUUUUCUUCUGACAAGGUAGACCACAGCUCCAAAGAGCCCAGACGUCUGCACACUUGAGCGUGGACCUGUCUGUGACAGUUUCUACAGGAGAAAUCGUGUCACUUCUUAAAAGUUAUCGAGGGAUGUAAUUAUUCUCAUCUGGGCAAAUUUGUUCAAGCAGCCUUCUUGCUUUUACACCUGGGAUUUUCCACCAGGGGUGUUCCGAGGCCACGGCAGCUGGUUUAACAUCUUCAAGCCGCUGCUGAGCACAUCUGUUCCCCAAAUGUCAGGUGCAGGUGUGGGUAUUUCCAUCUGUACGUUUACAGUAAAAGCCAAGCUUUCUGCAGGAACAUCAACUAGAGUGCACACGUAUGCGAUUGCUGUUCAUCUGAACUUUAACAUUUGUGUUAGUUGGUGAAAUGAGCAUAAUCUGUGUAGUUUACUCAUAAUCCCUUCAAAUUAGGAAACAUUUAGAGGGAUGGGCAACAUAAAACAAAAGUUUUAUUUACGUCAAAAUGUUGUUUAUAUAAAAAAAAAUUCACUGAAGAAUUUAUUUUAUUGCCUUUCUUGGAAUGUUUGGGUUUCUGUUUGUUGCAGUCUGUAAAUUCACCACUAGAUGUCAGUAAAAUGCAAACACACACAAGCGUGAACACAUUAGUUUUUUUAGUUUGGCUGAGUGAACCGUCCCGAACUAUCCCCCUUUUUUCUUGGGAAACAACCUUUUUUCAUUUAAUUGCGUUUUUAUUCAGUGAGCUGUAGCUGUUUUUUGUACACAUGACCCCCCCCCCCCCCCCCCCCAAAUGGACUUCAAAUACUUUUUUGUUCAGAUGAAGAACUGAUGAACAUUUGAGGGUUCAAGCUCUUGUUUUAGGUAAAAAUCACAAGAAUCUCUUUCUGAGUUCAGGGUUUCUUGGGCGGACGUGUUGGGAGGCAAAUGUUUCUACUUUGUAAAAUGAAAAAUUGUGUAUUUACUGUUUGUUUAUAGUAGAUUUAUAUAUUAAAGAAAGGAGUAAAUUAUAU